CGGCCCUACAUCACAGUGGGCGCCUACGACACGAACUCCUGCUGGCUCUCGGGCAUGGGCUGGCCAGGGUUCUGGAACGGCCAGCCCCAGAGCAGCCGCAUCAACCUCGGCUGGUGCCAAGACAUGAGCGCGGUGGGCAGCAUGGUCCACGAGAUCGGGCACGCCAUCGGCAUGAACCACGAGCAGAAGCGCGCCGAUGCGGCGCAGGCAUACAAUGGCCACGGGCCUCACUUGAUCAUGCACUGGCAGAACAUCGCCUCGAACUGGGUGAGCCAAUACUUGCCGGACUCUGCGUCUUACAUCGGCUCCUCCAACCAAGGUGCGGACGAUCCCUUCUCGGGCUACGCGCCAUAUGACUACCAGAGCAUCAUGCACUACGGGGCAG